UUGGGGCUGUUCCCUCUUAAUUAAUUUAUGCGUCAGGGACAGUUGCCUAGAACGGACGAUUAAGAUUGCUUGGGCGAUUUGGAAGGUUACUGAAAAUAAUUUUUAAAGUAUAGCUGUAUUAGAUCAUCGUAGCCCAGGAUCUUGCAAAAAUGCCUCUCGUUCCGCUUGGUAGUAAGCCAUAUAUAGAAAAUGAGAAGCCAGCAACAGUGAUGUAUUUCCAAGUUAUUUCCACUGGUAGCCUUAAAAAAAAAAGGGGGGAUUUCUAUACAUCUAACAUUGUAGGUAUGGUAUUUUUUUAAUCAUUAGAUUGGAUUAUCCAUCGGUUAUUGUAAUUAUUAGAUAAUGAAUAUGAGAAUCUGCCACCUUUUUCCCAUCAAGAACGGCUGCACUCAACAAUUACCUAGCUAUAGCAGAGUGUGAGAAACGUGUCUAAAAUUACUAUAGAGCAUGCUUAGUACAUGUUUCCUUAACGUUUGCUUUAAAGUUGAUCAGUUUUAUCUGUCAGCAUAAUCUCAGGCUCUAUCACGUCAUGCCAGCAAGCCGAGGGCUUGGAAGCAAAUGAGAGUAUUUCCCUGACAGGAGCAGUUCCUGACCUGGUAUUGCUCCUGCUGCAUGUCCCCUGCCGCCGCGGUACAACUGGAAGCAAGAAACACACUUCAGGACUUGUGGUGCAGAUUUUGAAGGUGACUGAUGCACUUCUGCAAAUUAGUUAUUGCCCAGUUCCAGUUAGUGUCAUGUAUAUGAGACCAUUAAAAUGGAUUUUUUUGUUUCUCCUUGCAUUUUCUGUCAUAACAAUGUGGUAUGUGACUUUUUCUUCCAACACUGUCAUUGAGCAUACAAACCUCCUCUAUUUCUAUGAAUAUGAACCGGUUUACAAGCAACACUACCUCUUCACGCUGCGGGAGCACUUGAAAUGCAAAGACAUAAAUCCGUUUCUAGUCAUCUUGGUGUCUUCAAGACCCAAGGAUGUGAAGUCAAGGCAGGCCAUCAGGAUAACAUGGGGAUCUCAAAACUUCUGGUGGGGACACCAAGUUCUAACCCUGUUCUUACUAGGUGAGGACACUCAAAGAGAAGACGACGCUGCAGCACUGUCGGUAGAAGAUGAAAGCAUCCUCUAUGGUGACAUAAUUCGCCAAGAUUUCAUGGACACUUACGACAAUCUCACCUUGAAAACGAUCAUGGCGUUUAGGUGGGUCGCUGAGUUCUGUUCAAAUGCUAGGUUCCUCAUGAAGACCGAUGCUGAUGUCUUCAUCAACACUGCUAACUUGGUAAAAUUUCUUCUGAAGCUAAAUUCCUCAGAAAAUAUUUUUACUGGUUAUCCCCUUAUAGAUAACUUUGCCUACAGAGGCUUUUACAAAAAAACAUACAUCUCUUACGAUGAAUAUCCAUUCAAGUUGUAUCCUCCAUAUUGCAGUGGGAUGGGUUAUAUAUUGGAUGGAAAACUGGCUCUGAGGAUUUAUGAACUGAUGAGUCAUAUUAAACCUAUUAAAUUUGAGGAUGUUUAUGUUGGAAUUUGCUUAAAUAUACUUAAGGUGAACAUCAGUAUUCCAGAAGAUAAACAACAAUUCUUUCUUUAUAAAAUAAAUUUUGAUAUCUGUAAGUAUAGACAUUUGAUUGCAGUACAUGGCAUUACGUCAAGUGAAAUAAUCAGGUUUUGGCAGGAUUUGUCAUCACACACGUCAGUUACUUGCCUUUGAUUCUGUAUUAAUAUAUAAACUAAAAUCUACUUGGUGUAAAAACGUUUAAAGUCCGGGGCAACACAAACCAAAACCACAGCUGUAGAGUCGACUUUGACUGAAGGAGGGCUGCGCUGCCGGGGCAAAACUGCAAUGGCAGCAUUUCUCUGGGACAUUCUAAUAUUCUUAAAUAAAAAUACUGGGAACUCACAAAGCACUUUUCCACGUCUGUAUCCUGUACAUGCAGGAUACUUUGGAAUGCACCGCCCUGUCUUCCUCUGACACUUCUCCACGUGGUCUGCUGUAACCACGGGAUUUCUACCAGAAUCUUCUGGAAUGUAUGAAAUGUCACCGCGAAUAAAGUUUAUGCCAAGAAACUAGCUCUGAAGAUGCUUCCCAAAUUCCUACCUGGAUUUUUAGAACUGUUUUUGCAACUGCAUCAUCCUUUGCCACUCUCCAGUAUUUGUUCUCUGCCCAGCAUGAAACUUAGAACGACCUUCUUUCGAUAUAUCACCUCUGUAAUCCCUGUGAGAGUGUUACACCUUCUUAUUUAAACAUACCACCUCCGCACUCGUUCCGAGAGUGUUACAAGCCUGUGGAUCUUGGGGGGUCUGCAGAAGCUGAUGGGAAAUUCUGAAAACAGGAUGCACUUUGUGCGUGUAUACGUAUAUACGUAUAAAAUAGAAUUGCUUUGGUGUCUUUGAUAAUGUUCACACACUACUAGAGGACUAGAUGCAGUAGCGUUCAUGUGCAGUUCAGUUACUAGACAUCUCUGAUACAUCGGGAUAAUCAAAACCCACGUGUGUACACACAUACCUCUGUGUACCGAUGCAUCCCGAGAGUUCUGGAACCACGCAGGGAAGAUUAAAUCAGAUGCAUUUAUAUUGUGACUUCGUUUCUAAAAUAGUUCUCUUUCUUCAAAUUUUAAAAUGAACAAAGUAAGAAAUUCUAAGAUUCAUGUUUCUUAAAGAAGACAAACUCCAGUGUAUCUGUAAAGAUGGGUAUUUAAUCACUUUAUUCAUAUCAGCAAGGCCAAGUUUUCAGUAGUUUACACUGCUAAUAGACAACAAUACAGAAUUUGCAAUUGCAUUAACAUAAUUAUUCUUGACACAUCCACUACACAGUGAAGAUACUAUAGUUACAUCCUGUACAUCUAGAAUGACAGAGCACUGCCACCUUAUUUGUACUACAGCUAAGAUGUUAUGACGUAUUUACAUUUGGCUGUCUUUCAGAUAGUCUCUUAGAGACAAAUUAGAAGAGGUGCAGAAACCUCUAGUACCAAGUUUGAGGUUUCACCAGGUUUUUUGUUACAUUGUGAUUAUGGUCAGUAUUGAAUUUUGCUAUCUUCAACAACUGCACAUGGUUUUUUGAUGGAAUUAUAGGACGUGUUAUUUUCUUAGAUAUAAAAAUGAGGUCUUGGGGACAAUACUCUCUAGACAAGUAUUUCAGAUGUCAGUGUUCUAAGAAUGUAUGUUAAGAAGGUCAAAGUUUUUCAAAAAUAGAUUUUUUUUUUUGUUAAACUAAAUAGCUAAAGAUACAGUAUUGCAUAACUGAGGGAAGAACGCUAUUGUAUUUCUAGAAACAGAGGUAAAACUACAGCUGUUCCUAUGGUUUUAGGAUCUGUUAUUUGAUUGUUGUACUGUGGUCAGAUCCUGAGAGCUCUGUGAGAAAUGUUUAACUUGUUUGAUUGUUUAUACAUCUUAAAAAAAAACCCUCCAAUUUUUUUUUUUAUAAGCCUGCCAUGUUAAAUGUUUAGAAAUAAAUUAUUUGUCACAAGAACACUGAUACUACAGCAUGGUUUGUAUUGCUUUUUCAAAAAAAAAUGUAAUUAUGAAACACUACGCAAUCUUCAGAAACUGGAUAGAUAAAGCAGACAGUGCUCCUCUUGAGAGAGUAAGAAACGAGUAUCACGGAGAAAUGGCUGUGCAGGACUGCAGUAAAAACAAAACUGUCACCAAGCAGGGUAUUUUUUAUAUUUGUGCCCCAGAAUGAUAACAUUGAUCAUAGAUUACAAGGCUUUUGCUUUCACAAAUGGAGGUUUAUACACAGUGAUCUGUUGAUGCCGCCUGAAAUUGUAACCUAAAGUGACAUCAAUUCUGCAAGAAAUUUACAUUGUAAAAUACUUCUGCUCCUGUUAUGUUGUUUUUUUUU